UUUUUUCUGCCCACACCUCUGACGGUCAUCACUGAGACACUUUUUUUUUCCUGAAAAAGAGGAAGGAAAAACCAUCAGCAGCUGUCCUGGGUUCUCGAUGACAAAGUGAGCUAAGAAAGGAAGUGUUCCUGAUUUACCCCUUGACUUCAAGAGAAGAAGCCUGCCCUAUGUGAAAGGGAGAAGCUGCAGCCCUGGGAAGGAUGGGAAUGCUGGUGAGAGCAGUCGUGCUUAUGAGUCCUCUUCUCUUCUGCAGUGCUUUUCUGGACCUGACUGGCCCCAAUGAGAUCAAAGGUGUAUGGAAGGAGUCUGUCAUCUUGCCGUGUGCCUACAUGCCUGUGAAGGAUUUUGUGCAGCAAACACUCACAUGGACUGUUGUACAUGACCAGAGCUCUGGCACCAUUUUUCGGAGGGAUGCCUCUGGUGACCACGUUCUCCUGUCAGAGUACAGGGGCAGAGUCAGCGUCCUGAAGGACACCCCAGGGAAUGUGUCUCUCCACAUGCUGAACUUGGAGGUCUCUGACAGGGGAACCUAUGCUUGCCAGGUCACUUGGAGAGCCAACAACAACAGCCUGGUAACAAAAAGCAUCACCACUAAAAUGGAGGUUGUUAAAGUUGCAGUGACCAAGCCCAUCAUCAGGGCCAGCGAGCUGGGGCUGACUUUCCUGCCAGGAGCCAGGACCAGCCUGACCUGCGUGGCCAGCGGGUCCCCUCCCAUCAGCUACCGCUGGUUCAGAGGUGCCCCGGGAGGGGAAGCCCUGCUCCUGAGCAGCCAGGCCGAGCUGGCGUGGGACAGCCUGCAGCCCUCCGACACCGGGAAGUACUACUGCGAGGCAGAAAACAGGGUUGGGGACAGGGCUGCACAGCAGAGCGAUGUCGUUGAGCUGACGGUGAGAGAUCUGCCCACAACAACAGUGGCCUCUCAGAGGGAUGUGGGAACCUCGAGGAGACACCACCCAACCACAGAAAAAACCCAAACAGAGCCGGUGUUCAGAAGUACCUCAGUAAGCUCUUGGACUCCACGGGGCUCCACCACUACUACAGAUCUGCCCAUAACAGUAGUGACUUCUGACAAUGGUGUGGGAUAUCCAGAAAAGAAUUAUACAACUCAGAAUUUUCAGAGGACUCACCUGUCCCUGUACCUGGUCAUCCUGAUUGCUGUGGUUUGCGGUGCUGUGGUUUUCCUUGUCAUCUUCCUUAUUAUUUGCAUUAGAAAGCCCAAAGAUGCUCAAGUCUAUGAAGUAAAAUCCCAUAACUCAAGAGCAGCAGCUUCUUCAACAUGUGCAAGUACAGGUCAUUAUGAGGAGCCCAUCUCAUUGACUGAAAACACCUAUGUGAUGGAGUCCAUGAAAAACAAAAGAUCUGAAGAAAUAAACGGGAAAAAUAAUGAAUAUGAAUGUGUUGGAAACACCCAGGAAUCUGAAUAUGAAGUAGGGGACAUUGUAUGAGAACCAACAGUACUCUACAAAUAGAAGUCCUGAAGAGUACCUUCAGGCAAAAUUUAUCUUCCUACUUACCUUUGCCUCUGAAAAAAUAGGUUGGACAAGCAGUUUUUGGUCCUCUGAAAUUUGUAGAGCCUUAAUAAUCUGCAGUGAAAAUGCAAACCUCUGUAUGAACUCCAGUUACAGUUUGCUGCAUAGAUCUGGAUUUGCUUUUCUUGGUUCCUUCUCACCACCUCUGUAGAAGAAAGCCCUUUGAAAGCCAGGGUAUGCAGAUCCCAGGUGAAGAGCACUGUACUAAGCUUACUGCUUUAUAUAUCCACAGACUUUGUGUGGUGGGAGUAGAACCAGCACCAAGGGCUGCUCAACACCCCCAUCAUCUUUGGGCAAGAAGCGCAGUGUUUCUCCUCCCAUCCACCUGAAGUGCUGCAUAGGUGGUAGAAUGUCCUUUCAAAUGUGAGAUAGCCCAUAAAGGAACACUGAAAGACAGAUUAAAGCUGGGAUGAAACCAAGAACCUUACCACACUAGCAGGACAAAAAGAAGAAAUGUCCCGUGCACCCAUCGUGCUGUACUCAGUAUGCCUUUCUGCAACACUCGCAAUAUGAUGCAGACACGUUUUAUAGUUUUGGUGCUGGACAGCUUGGGAGAUUCUGAUGCUACAGCAGGGCACAUUCUUUCUGAGUUCACCUUCUCUAUUGUCUCUUUUCACACAUUUGAUAUUUGAAAGAAAUGAGAUACUUUUCCAUAAGUUUCUGGAUAGGAUUGUUCACACAUGCCUAAAUUAUUUUGAUAUUAAUAUCUUUGCAUAACCAACUAAUUUUUAAAAUGCUAGCAAGCACUCACAAUUACAGCUCCUCAAUACUUUCCUCAUAGCUUAGAAGGCCUGAAAGGUAAGUAGGGAGAUGAAAAGCUUUGCCAUUCAUAAUUUCUACUACCCUGAGUAAAUCUAUAACAUGGAUACUGCAGAGUUAUGGAAGAACUUUUUUAUAAUGAACGAUAGGGCAAUACUGUGUCUGCUUAAGAGCCAUGUGAACAGAUGUAAAACAAAACAAGCAAUCUGAGGGGUGAGGGGGAUAUCAGUGGCACAGAUACAGGAUUAGUGGUGCCCCCCCCCCCCCCCCCCCCAAGAUUUGCUGUUCACACUCAGGAAAGAUCUGCACCUGCAUCUCUCUGCAAGCAUCAACUCAAAACUUACAAACUUACCAGCAUUCAAAAAGAGUAUUAGGUGUUAUUAGGAAAGUCAUUACACUGCACUAGCAAACAGGAUUGUGAUACUAUAAAAACCCAUGGAAUGCUUCCACCUUAUGUAUGCGUGUAGGUCUCCUCUUGGAAGGGUUUAACAGGGCUGGAAAUGUUACUGAGAAUAAUAAUAAAGGAUGAUUAGUGGCAUGAAAGCACUUCUGUGCAAAUGCAUUAUACUUUCUCAGCUUGGAAAAAAAGAGAAGAACAAGGCAAAAGGAGCACAGUGUGUUCAUCACGACCAGUGUGGAGAAGAUUAAUAGACACUAUUUGUUUAUAAAUUUUCUGAAAAGGAAGCAAAUGUUAGCUAAAAUUAUCUGGUAGAACUUUUAAAGGGAGAGGAAAAGUACUUCUUUUAUGCAAUAUAGAAAUAACUGUGGAAUGCAAUACUACUCAUCCAGUGCUAUAAAAACGCAAAGUACACAGAGGUCCAAUGAGAAAUUAGAGGAAUUAAUGAUACAAAAGUUUAUCAAAACCACCAGGCACACUUUACUACAUAAGGUACUUAUUAGUGACUUUGUAGUUUCUCCCUGAAUUUCCUGUACCACUAGUUUUAUUUCUCUUUUUUUAAGAAGAUACUUAAAAAUCAAGGGCUGGGAAACCUUGAUUUCAAAAUGGAAAGGGAACAAACGGCAGCUUUUGUUGGUGAUGAGGUCUUGGAAAAAAUUGUCAACAUGUACAUGCAGCUUAUUGCAAAUGUGGAGCAGCAAAUGAACAUCAUUAAACUGAAAGACUGCAAAGUUA